UAAAAACGCAAGAAUUUAACAAACGAAUCUCAUUUUAGGCUAGAUAAUUGUUAAAAUUUGCAUUUCAUUCGUGUGCGCGGUCUUAAGCUAACGUCGUGUUAAACAAAUAAAACUAUGAGAUACUAUAAAAUUAAGAGGAAACAACUUCCGCAGACGUCAGCAGCAGUCGCAGUCACAAUUUCAAUAGACACUCAAGUACCGUUGGCCCAAUAGCGAAUUAUAAAAACAAAACGCAAUUUGCAAAAUUAAAUGCUUAAUUGUAAACAAUUGUGCGAGUGCGAGCGUUAGCGCUUAAUAAUAGUUUAGUUUGUGAGUGUGAGUGCUCAGGUUGUCAUGCAUUUUGUCACACAACAGAGACAGCAACAACAACAACAACAACCAACUCAACAGCCGCAGCAGCAAGCACAACAACAAAAAACAAGUUAUAGCACAUUAACAGCCGGUACGCGCUUUGUGAGUCUACGUAAAUCUUCCAGCCAAGGAGCUCUUCCCAAAUCCUUGACCACCGCUCAGAAUCUCAAUCGACAAACGUCACAGCAGCAGCAGCAACAACAAAAACACAAACGCACAGCCAGCCUCAAUUUGCAAACAACGUCCAUGAUUAAAGAUAUUGAACUGAGCAACAAUACGACGACAACAACAACGACAGCUGCUGCCAUAAGCAGUGUGGACACAACUCAUGCCAACAUGAGCUGCGAUGCACAGCAGCAAGAGCAGCAGCAACAGGAGCAGCAGCAGCAGCAGCAACAGCAAGAGGAGCAGCAUGAACAGCAGCAGGAUAAAGUUGAGCCAAGUAACAUUGGCGACAGGCGCGAUUCCAUUAGCGAGGAUAUACUAAUUACAACAACAACAACUAGCAGCAAAUUGAUUACCAUACAGGAGGCUGUGAGCAGCUUGGAGCAGCAGCAGCAGCAGCAGAACACAAACUCAAAUUCGUCUUCAAACCCAACAGCUUCCUCUUCCUCAACCGCUUCCGCAUCGCCUGUUAAUCCCAACAGCAGCAGCACCAAUAGCAAUGGCAACCAUGCAACGCCGCCUUUAGCACCACCCAGUCCAAAGAGCACGCCCAGCAUACACAUAGCGCCAGCUACUGAUGCACACUCUGCCUGCCUGGACUCGAACGGCUUUAAUCAAGGCGCCAGCAGCACGGACAGUCCCAGCAGUCGCAAGAGCUCCACCAGCUCCAAGGGCAAGCCGGACAAGCUGAACAGGGACGAGGACACACUAAGCAAGCUAAGCGAAACUGAGAAUCACUUUGUGCGCGGCGAUCCAACUCAACAGGUGGGCAGCAGCAAUUCCUCGCUAGAGAAACCCGCACGCAGCACUUCGCGUCUAUCCGAGCGCGCCAAAAAGAAAUCCUGGUACAACGUUAUAUAUCCCAACUACAAAUCGCGCGCCGAAGACUUUAAAAAGCUGUUCAAGGAUGUGCCCAACGAAGAGCGUUUAAUAGUGGAUUACUCGUGCGCCUUGCAACGCGACAUUUUGGUGCAGGGUCGUUUGUAUGUGUCACAGAACUACGUUUGCUUCCAUGCCAACAUUUUCACUUGGGAAACGUAUGUGAGCAUCAAAUGGAAGGAUGUGACUGCUAUAACGAAGGAGAAAACAGCGCUGGUCAUACCCAAUGCCAUUUCGAUAGCCACAGCAAAGGACAAAUACUUCUUUGCCACAUUCGCGUCGCGUGACAAGUCGUUCUUGAUGCUCUUUCGGGUAUGGCAGAAUACGUUGAUGAAUAAACUGUUCUCGCCCCAGGAGAUUUGGCGACAUGUGCACAGCUGCUACGGCGACGAACUGGGCCUAACCACAGACGACGAGGACUACAUAGAUCCCACGCUGGAUGCAGACACCGAAACGGACGUUGAUUUUCAAACGGCCAUUGAUGAUUUAGGCGGCGAGCAGAGCAACUCAAGUCAAAGCAUUAGCAAUCAGCAGCUGCCACAGCAAAGCGGCAACAGCAGCGCCAGCAGCGGCGGCGGCAGCAACACAGCAGCAGCAGCAGCAGCUACACGUAAAUCCAAAACAAAGUAUUUCUUCAACUCGAGCAAGUCCUCGAAUCUUAACUCAUCGGCAAACGCUUCAGCAGCCAGCGGAUCCGACAACAAAGCAAGCGACAGCAAUCGCAAAUCGAAUAAGAAAAUGAAGGCAAAUGCCAAAGAGUUGACGCUCAGCUCGGUCAAACCAGCGGAGCAGUCAGUAGCGGUGACGCUAAGCGCGCCCAGCAGUGCCACAGCAACAACAACAGUAGCAGCAGCAGCAGCUACAGCAGCAGCAGCUGCGCCUGCGCCUGAGAAAAAGUUGGAGAACAGCAGCAACAAUCAGACGCCCGCCGAGCCGCAUCAUGGCGCUGAAACUAAACGCAAGCACAGCAAAUUGAAUCAGCGUCAACGCGAAGCGGAGCUGCCAAGCAAAAACUCAGAGGCUGUGCCCACCGAUGUGUCCGACUCUUCCGAUUCCGAAGCAAACAAUGUGCCCUUUGUGCCCAGCACCGAGUGCACUUCAACGCAUGAGGGGCGACAAAUAGUGCACACUAUAUUGCCCAUUAAGGUGGACACUUUGUUUAAUUUUUUGUUCAGCAAGUCCAAGUUCUUAACGGAGUUUCAUGACUCACGCAAGUCCACAGACUUGACCGCGGGCGAGUGGAAGAAGAACGAUGAGGGACAAAAUGUGCGUCAAGUGAGCGUCACAGUGCAGCUGGCGGCCUCAGUGGGUCCAAAGACUUCAAAGGUAACUGAAUAUCAAACCAUGCGCGACUGCAGCAAGCCGGGCGAGCUCUACUCCAUCGAUGUGAACAGCGUUAAUGCGGGCAUACCCUAUGCGGAUAGCUUCAGCGUGCUCAUACACUUUUGUCUGGCGCGCACUGUCGAUGAUCACACCAUGUUGUCCAUACAUGCGCAAAUAAAAUACAAAAAGUCCAUUUGGGGCGUUGUCAAGGGUUUCAUCGAGAAGAACACGUGGGCGGGUCUGGAGGAUUUCUUUGGGGCGCAGCUGCAUGCGCUGCAAAGUGAAACUUGCAUACCGCCUGCCAAGGGCAAAGGCAGACGCCCGCGACGUGGCCUAAAAUCCAAUCAACUGGUUACAACAACAACAGCAACCAGCACGGACAAUGACUGCUCAUCUGUUAAGCAUCAUCAUCAACAUCAUCACCAGCAUCGUCAUCAUCAUUCCCAUUCACAUCUUCAGCAGCAGUCGCAGUCGUCGUCGCCGCAUCAUGCAAAAUCUCAUCAACAACAACAACAACAACAGCAACCAAUUUGUCAGCAUCGUAAGGCCAAAUUGCACACUUGCAAAGGAACUGCUACACAAAUACGACCCAUGGAGGAGCCACUGGGCAACACAACACAAACAUGCAUGCCGGACACGUUGGAUAGCUGGGACAACAAGCUGCUGUCGGGCGCUGGGGGCGUGGCUGGCGCUGCAGCGGGACUGGCGGCGGACAGUGCUAAGCAGCAGAAGCAGAAGCAGCAGCAACAGUUGCUGGCGGGCGCACAGCAGCUGGGCAUGGACUUGGGCCAGUCUCAACAUGGCUACAAGCACAAAAGCUUGUCGCUGGCCGUUGUUGUGCUCAUGUUCGUGCUGCUGGCAUUAAAUGUGAUAUUAUUGAUUAAGCUCUGGAAGCUAGAGGAACGCAUCGAUGUGGAUCUCAGUCGACGGGCGCGCAUGCCGAGUCUGGCGACACUCAAGGAGUUGCCGAAUACGAAUCAAGAUUGGUUGGAGCUAAUGCGUCAGCAGGAGCUGUCGCAUGAAUCGGAGCUGCAUAAAUGGCAUCAAGUGCUGCAAACUGCCAUUGAGCUGCUGAAAAAGACUGAAAAGACUUUGACCGAAGUCAUGAUACCUUAGCAGCACAAUAUCCUAGCAAACAGUUAAGCUAGCAGUCUCCUCACACACACACACACACACACAUGUACACAUAUAAGUUUGUUUAAAUCUGCAGCAGUUUAUAAUGUUAUUAUUUAAAUUACAAGUUACUUUU